AUGAAUAAUAUUUAGAGACAUACUCAAGCUUAUAACAAUAUUUAAAAUCAAAGAAGCCAAGUUAAUUCAUUGCAGAUUGCUAAUAAUUAGGAUAGUGUUUAUAACUAGAUGUUAAAGGAGACACAAAUUUUAGCCAACGAAAAUAUUUAGCAAGGUACAUUGAUUUUAAAUUAACAACAACAAAUUUAAGGUUAGCAGUUUCAAAGUUAAGCAAGUAUCAACUAGUAAAUAUAGCUAUAGCAACAGCAACAACAAUUGCCAAAUAAUACAAUCCAAACUAACUCUAAUAAUCGUUCAGGUACUGACAGGAUAAGAUUAAGUAUGCAAUCUCCUAGAUAGGGCAUAUUUUCUGUUUUAAACGGGAAUAAUCAUCAAAUCGUUUCAUAGCAUUAAAGUUAGAUGAGCGCUAAUAACGCAAACGGAAACAGUUAAGUCUAAAACUAAAAUAUAAAUUCUUCGAAUCAAAGUAGCUCUACCCAAACUAAUAGCAAAAAAACAACUCAAAUAGUUAGUUCUAAUCCAAAUUAGUAAAUAUAAAACAUUCGGAGUUUAGAAGAAAAAGACUCAAAUCGUUAACCUAACAACUAAACAAAUAAUUAAAACUAAAAUUCCUAGCCCUAUUCUAAUCAAACAAGCAAUAAUACUUAAAAAUCUCUAUUUGAAUCUUAGCUAAUUUAGAAUAAUACUCACGGCUAAAAAUUAUCUCAACAGAGGAAGAGUUUAAUUUUUAUUCCAUCUAUUAACUAACAACAAUCAUAGAAUGAUAAUUUUAUUAAUUCUUCUUAAUAAUAAACAGCGAAUAACUAAAGCAGCCUCUCAAAUAGUACUCUUCAAGUUAAUUAAGAAGGCUAAAUUCAAUAGGUUCAUAUUCAUCGCAGCUACUAGCAGCUACCUGCAAUUCCUAAUUAAGCACAAGUAUAGAUCCUAGCUCAAAAUUCUAAUUCCACAAUGCUCCCACUACAAAAUAUGACAAACCUCAUCUAAAAUAAUUAGCAAGUUAGCUAGCAGUAAUCAAAUCUUUAGCUCUAACAACAACAGCAACAACAAUAAAACUUACAGAUCUAGUAAUAAUAGUAGUCAAAUCUUCAAUAAUAGCAGCCAAUUAUAAUUUAGUUAGAAGAUGGCAGCCAAUUAGUAAAUUAGGGUUACAUAUUAUAACCAAAUUAAAGUGUUUUCAUAUAGUCAAGCAAUGCUAAUAAUGCCUCUCUUAGGUAAAGCUAAAUAUUUUAAAACUUAAAAUAACAUUAAUAGCAGUAGUAAUAAUAGAUUAUUCAUUAGCAACAAAAUAAUAUUAAUUAGCAAUAAUUACUAGUUUAAUAGCAAUAAAACCCCGUCAUUUAGAUUUUAAAUAACCCGAUAAAUACGUUAGAAGUAGAUGUUGCUCAGCUUGAGUUUGAAUAAUAGUAAUAAUAAGCAUAAUAGUAAUAGCUCUACUUGAGUUAGUUAUAACCUUAGUAAAUAUCUUUAUAAUAGUAGCAGUUUCAAUAGUAACCUGUUUACAUUUUGCAGUAAAAUUAGCAAAAUAAUUAACCCAACUCAAAUUUUGUCUCUUAAAAUAUACCUCCGUUAAGUAGUCCGUCAAGUUCUGCAUCACAGAAAGGCUCCAAGUUCUCAAAUUCAUAAGUUGUUGCAUCGAAUUAAUAAAUGACUCAAUCUUAAAUAAAUUUUAUUCAACAAAAUAGCACUGGUAAUAGUAGAAUUAAGCAAAUUUAUAACAGCCCCUAAACAAGCAAUGUGAAUUCUAUAUAAUCUAAUCAUAAUGUUUUGCAUAAUUCUAGGUAUAUUUUGUCUCAACCUCAGCAAGCAGCUUCUCUUCAAUUAAACAUUUCACAAUAACCGCUUAACUCUUAAAUAACUCUAUUGAAUGAUCAAUCCAAUUAAUGGAAUACUUAGAACUUGCCAUAAACAUAAUUAGUAUAAGAAAAACUGCAAAUUUAAGGCUCAGCUGAGUAGCUUGAAUUAGAGAAUAGAUAAUUAAAAAAUAAAAUUAUCUAGUUAGAAGAGUAAUAAAAAGAAACAACCUAACAAUACUCUUCAUAGAAAAAUUAUCUGUAAGAUCUUGAGAAAAAAAUAAAAAUGUUAAUUUAACAGAAUGAAAAAUUAUAAUCUGCUUAAGAGGAUAGUUAGUAGCCAUAACAAGAUGAAUCAAAAGCUAUAAAAUAGUUGAAACAAGAAAAUACUUAACUCAAAGAAGAAGUCAGCUAGUUAUAAAAAGCAUAGAAAGUUUAAACUCAACAGAACGAAGAAUAAAUUAAAAUAUUGGUUUCUAAUUUAGAAUCCAAAAUGCAAGAACUCAUAGUAGAAAAUUAAAGAAUCAAUUAGAUUUUACAAACUAAGCAAUAAUAAAUCGAACAAUUCUCUAAAUUACAAGAGUCUUACAAUCAGCUUUAAAGAUAAAAUAAUAUUUUUAACACCUUAAUUAAUGAAGGUUAGAAUGAAUAUAAAUUAAAGAUUCAAAACUUAGAAGGAGAAAAUAGUGAACUGAAAUUGACAGUGAAAGAAUUAAGGGCAAGGGUUAAGCAAACAGAAGGUAUUCCUGAUUUAGAAGUUGUAGUUAAAGAUUUUGAAUAGAAAAUAAAUUAGUUAGUUGAUGAGAACAACAGAUUAAAUAGUAUUAUAGAAAACUUAGAAGCUAGAGUAUGCUCUUAGCAAAAUUCGCCAGUUAAAAUCGAUUAAUAAAAUCUUUAAGAAUAAAAAGAAAAAAUGCAAGAAUUGAUAUUAUUAAAUAAGGAUCUUAAGGAACAGAGUGAAUAUUGGAAGAAAAAAUGUGUUGAGUUAGAGAGAAAAAAGCUUAAUGAGAGUAUUCCAUAAAAAGAUUCUAACCCUUCUUCUUAACAGAAUUCAGCUAGUAAAAUAAAUAAUAAUAAUAAUACAAAUUUGGCUAACAUAGAAGUAAAUACUUAAAAAAGUGAGCUGUAAACAAAUGAUAAGAUCCUAAAUAUUUAAAAUAGUAAAAUAAUAGACUUAGAAACUAAAUUAAAUUAUGUUCUUCAAGAAAAUGAAAAACUAAAUAAUAUACUCACAGAGCAGAUAAGUAUCACACAAUCGCUAGCCAAAAACCUAAUGAACCACAAACAACAUAAGUCAUAAAAGUAGCAAAAUGGCAACUAAAUAUAAAACAAUAAUGUUGAGAACAAAUAAAGUGCAAGCUCUACCAAAAAAAAUGAUAGCAAGAGUGAGUAAUGA